CAUCAGAUGGAGAUCACUUCAGAAAAUGCUACGUUCUUGCUCUUUUGCUUGAUCACAUCAUGUUUGCUUGUCUUCAUAACAGCAAGAUUCCAACUGAGGUCUUGCCUAACCGCCACGCUACCUCCUGGACCUCCACGAUUACCGUUCAUCGGAAACAUUCACCAAGUUGGUAAGAACCCACACCGCUCAUUCGCCGACCUCUCAAAAACAUAUGGACCGGUAAUGAGCCUUAAGCUUGGAUCUUUAAAUUCGGUGAUCAUAACUUCACCAGAAGCUGCAAGAGAGGUUUUAAGAACACACGACCAAAUCUUAUCUGGUCGUAAGUCUACUGACUCGAUACGGUCCUUUGGUCACCACAAAGUUUCAGUCAUCUGGCUUCCUUCGUCGUCUGCUCGUUGGAGGAUGUUGAGGAAACUGUCAAUAACUCAGCUGUUUUCACCGCAGCGUAUGGAAGCCACGAAAGCUCUGCGAAUGAAGAAGGUGCAAGAGCUUGUGAGCUUCAUGCAUGAGCGUAGUGAGAGAGAAGAGGCUGUUGAUAUUUCUCGUGCAUCUUUCACCACAGUUCUCAAUAUCAUAUCAAACAUUCUGUUUUCUGUUGAUCUCGGUAGCUACGACGUUACGAGCAAAUCCAAUAAUUUUCGGGACACGGUGAUUGCUACAAUGGAAGCUGCCGGGAAACCAGACGCUGCUAAUUACUUUCCGUUUCUGGGGUUUCUUGAUCUGCAAGGUAAUAGGAAGAAUAUGAAGGCUUGCACGGAGAGAUUGUUUAGGGUUUUCCGUGGGUUCAUUGGUACUAAACUGACGGAAAAAUCAUUGAGUAACUCUAAAGAUGACUCAGACAGCGACUUCCUAGAUGUGCUUCUCGUCCUCAGUGGAAGAGAUGAAACAGAGCUUGACGAUAACGAUAUCGAACACCUUCUAUUGGAUAUGUUUGCAGCAGGCACGGAUACAAGCUCCAGCACCCUAGAGUGGGCAAUGGCGGAGUUACUUAAUAACCCUAAAUCACUAGCCAAAGCUCAAGCCGAGAUCGAUUGUGUGAUAGGCCAAAAUGGCAUCGUUAAAGAGUCUGAUAUCUCACAUUUGCCGUAUUUACAAGCAGUUGUGAAAGAAACUUUCCGAUUACAUCCUGCUGCUCCAUUUCUCGUCCCACGUAAAGCUGAAGCUGACGUGGAGGUUCUUGGGUACAUAGUGCCUAAAGACACUCAAGUUCUGGUUAACGUGUGGGCUAUUGGACGAGAUCCAACUGUGUGGGAGAAUCCGACCCGGUUCGAGCCAGAGAGAUUUUUAGGUAAAGAGACUGAUGUGAAAGGAAGAGACUAUGAGUUAACACCGUUUGGAGGUGGACGAAGAAUCUGUCCAGGGUUGCCUUUGGCUGUGGUGACUGUGUCACUCAUGCUUGCUUCACUUCUUUAUUUCUUUGACUGGAAGCUUCCAAAUGGUGUUGCUUCUGAGGAUUUGGACAUGGACGAGACAUUUGGUAUUACAUUACAUAGGACCAACUCGCUACAUGCCGUUCCCGUCAAGAAACGUGCAUAUAAGUAACCAUUGUACUAAAGCAGUAAUAUCUCUUGAUGUUUCAAAGUUUCCAUGAAACCGUAUACGCAAAAUAAAAAAUCAUCACAAAGUACA